CUCCGACCAAGGCAACCGCAAUGGAUCAGGAAGAGGGGUCGACCACCGUGGACAAUAUAGUCACUCAGUUCAACACCUAUGAAGAUUUCCUGGACUCGCAGAUCACUACACUGGACAUGUACUACCUGGAGGAUGAAGGCCUGGCCCGCCAGUUGGUGGAGCUAGGCUACCGCGGGACUGGAGAGGUGGUGAAAAGGGAAGAUUUCGAAGCAAGGAAGGCAGCGAUAGAGAUUGCAAGGUUGGCUGAAAGAACUCAGAAAAAGACAUUAACAAGUGCUGGUAAAGACCUGCAUGAUAAUUUUCUGAAGGCUCUGGCAAUGAGAGAAGAAGACAAUCGCAGUGGAAUAGUGAGCUCCGUGAUCUUUAUUCGUGACAGAAAUUCUCAUGGGCAGGAGGUAUCAGGAUACAUUGACUAUGCCCACAGGCUAAAGAUUGAAGAUUUUGAAGUCUACUUUAGUGGAAAAAAAAGACUUCUUCCAAGACCCACAGAUAUGAGUUUUUACAACUGGGACAGUCAUGUUGCUGUUUGGAAUUCAACUCCCAACUACCAAGUGAUUGCCGAUAAUCCAGAAGGCUUACUUUUCAAAUACAAAAGAGACAGAAAAAUUCUCAACGUGGACCCUAAGGCUCAACCAGGUGACAACUCUACUAGAACCCCUAUCCAGACAGAGCUGUACAUACAAGCUGUCAUUUUUGACCACGUUUCCAGAAGAAAGACUUAACUAUCAACAUGUUAGAUGGUUUCCUAAUGGUUUGCUAAAUUUAAAUGACUCCUAUAACAGAAGCAAAUUAGAAUAAUAAA